AACACGUGAGACCGGAAGUGGCUGGGCUGCACGCGGUCUCCUCCAGAGGAGAAGCGAGAAGGCGCGCUCGCCAUGGGGAAGACCGGCAGGACUAAAAAUCAAAAGAAAGAGCGUGCAGCAGCCCAGCAUCGAGCUCAGGAGGAAUAUGGCUCUGUGCCCCACUCCUUUGUUUUUCACCGUGGUCAGGUGGGAAAGAACCUGCAGCAGCUUGUAUUGGAUGUUCGGAAGGUGAUGCUCCCCUACACUGCUACCAGCCUAAAGGUGCGGAAGAAAAACUCUCUCAAAGAUUUUGUGACGAUAGCAGGACCCCUGGGAAUCACUCAUUUCCUAGUAUUCACAAAAACUCCCUCCACUAUCAAUCUUAAACUCUGCCGUCUUCCUGGAGGACCAACCCUGACCUUCAGAGUCACUCAGUAUUCACUCAUCAAAGACGUCGUGUCGUCUCUGAAGCGUCACCGGAUGCAUGAGCAACAGUUCACCCACCACCCUCUCCUGAUCCUCAAUAAUUUUGGCAUUCAGGGCAUGCAUAUCAAGAUCAUGUCCACCAUGUUCCAAAACAUGUUCCCAUCCAUCAAUGUCCACAGGGUAAACCUUAAUUCCAUAAAACGUUGUGUGCUGAUCAACUACAAUUCAGACAGCCAGACUCUUGAAUUCCGUCACUACAGUCUGAAAGUGGUGCCGGUGGGAAUGAGUAAAGGGCUGAAGAAGCUCCUGCAGGAGAAAUUUCCCAACCUGAACCGCUUGCAGGACAUCAGUGAACUUUUGGCCAGAGAUAUCAACCUUUCGGAGAGUGAAGCUGAACAAGAUGGCAGCCACAACAUCACAGAACUGCCUCAAGCCUAUGCUGGACGUGGGAACAUGAAGGCUCAGCAGAGUGCAGUCCGCCUCACUGAGAUUGGUCCUCGAAUGGUACUACAGCUCAUCAAGGUAGAAGAAGGUUUGAGCCAGGGCAGUGUCCUCUAUCAUAGCUUCAUUCACAAGACUGAGGAAGAAAUCCAAGAAACUUUGGCCAGGAAAGAAAAAAAACUACAGCUCAAGGCUGAGCGACGGCGGAAGCAGGAGACAGAUGUGGCACACAAGCAGGAGCAGAAGGAGGCUCACAGGAAGAAGAGCCUGGAAGGGAUAAAGAAGAAGAAGAAGCAAGCGGAAGGAGGUGACAGCGACGCAGAGGAUCCUGGGAUGCAAGAAGGUCAGAAUGCCGAGGAAGCAUCAGAUGAUGACAUGGAAUAUUACCGACAGGAAGUGGGAGAAGAGCCUGAUGAAGAUCUGUUCCCACAAAGUGCUAAGAGGAAACGGGCCAACCAGUCUACCCCAGCCAGAAAAAGACGGAAACACUCCCCCUCUGAACGUGGCAAAAGCCCAACCCCUUCGGGAACUACCUCCAGGUUGAAUCAGAGGAAGAAAACUCCAUGGCUUGGGCGGCAGCAGCAGCAGCGAGACAAGCGGAAUAAGGGGGGCCCAAGGCAGCGGCAGAGGGACACAAGGGGGCAGCACGGAGGGUCCCAGAGUCCCAAGCACAAGGGGCAGCACAGAAGUAAACAGCAGGCACGGGGCUCCUCAAGGCCUUUGGGAGGCCGAUGGCAGGGCAAGGCAGGACUGGGAAGGAAGCUGGUGCAGAAGGGGAAAGGAGGCUUCCGGAAGCCGGGACAUUCAGGGAAGAAAAGACAAACAUCGUAACCGGGCUCUCUUUCGCUUGGCCCUUUAUACAUGUUAGCUGUCCAGGAAUACACAUGCACUCUAGAAUAAAUAGCUGUCUGCCUUGGUAAUAUGGGUCAGACUGUGUGUAUAUAAGAUUGGCUAAUCCAGUUAAUAGAUAUUCAAUUACAUUUGUUUAUAUAAAUAAAAAUGUAAUGUUCGUUUGUGAUACCA